UCAGUUUGGUUUGUCUGCAAUCCCUGUUUUGCUUUGGGAGCUUUAGAGGACAGACAUAUUCUUCCAUCUCUGCUAAUCCUCCUCUGAUACAGAGGAUUUUCCUGCCAUUAAAUGAUAGCUUGUGAGAAAAAAAUGCCAACUUUUCAGAGACUGACUCGUAUGGCUAAUGGCAGCCUCAUGAGCAGGAGGGAGGACACAGCCACUGCCUGGCUAGAUCCCUCAAGUUUGCUUGCCAGACCUGAAAUGCCACUAGUGAAUAAUCAAGUGAUCCUUUGGGUCCCCCAUGUCCAUGCGGUGUGGGCGUGCGUGCAGUCCUGCCCUGCCAACUGCGUGUGCACCCAGGAGCGGAGCUGCUCCGUCCUCUGCGAUCGUGCCGGUCUGGGGCAGAUCCCUAGUGACUUCCCUUGUGAAGCCUCCUCUAUCAACCUGGACAAAAACAGCAUCAAGUUCCUCUCCGAGAGGGCCUUCGGGACCUUGCCUUCCCUCAAAUCCCUGUCGCUCAACCACAACAAUAUCUCCUUCAUCACCCCGGGGGCUUUCAAGGGGCUGCCCAGCUUGACCGAGCUGAAGAUGGCCCACAACGAGUACAUUCGCUAUCUCCACACGCGGACUUUCACUGCCCUCAGACGGCUGGUGAAGCUGGACCUGGCGGACUGCAACCUUUUCAACAUCCCGGACAGGAUCUUCAUUGAGUUGCCGGCUCUGCAGGAGCUCUUCUGCUUCCAGAACAACUUUCGGAGGAUCCCAGGUGCCAUCAGGGGCAUGGAGAACCUGACCCAUGUUUACCUGGAGAGAAACAGGAUCGAAGCGGUAGCCUAUAACUCCCUGCAGGGCCUGACCAAGCUGAAAUACCUGAAUCUGCAGGACAACAGGAUAAACGUCAUUCACGAGCGAGCUUUUCAGGGCUGCCGGAAGAUGGAGUACCUGUACCUGAACGACAAUUUGAUCAGCGAGCUUCCAGAAAACUCCUUCGAUGGCCUGCGGUGCCUGAAGAUGCUCAACCUGGGGGGUAAUUUUCUCAGGAACAUUUCCAACACCUGGUUCAGGGACCUGGGGGAGCUGGAGGUCCUCUACCUGGACCGCAACAGGAUCAACUACAUUGAGGAAGGGGCUUUUGAAAACCUUACCAGCCUGGUCGCGUUGCACUUGAACAGCAACAACCUGACGACCCUGCCCUUUUCUGUCUUCCAGCCGGUGUACUUCCUUGGGCGGCUGUACCUCUUCCGCAAUCCCUGGGAGUGCGACUGCCGCAUCGAGUGGCUGAAGGAGUGGAUGGAGAAUUACAGACUCGUCAGGGAUAUUCCCUGUGCCUCCCCCUCCUCAGUAGCUGGCAUUGACCUGAUGGACGUGCUCUACGAGAGGUCGCCAGAAGGUUACUGUCUUGACCCGGUGGAGCUAAACAUUACAUCCGAAGGCCCGACCCCAAGUGAAGAGCCUUGGUCUACCACAGAGAGCAAGUUCAACAGCCUUAUCUCCAAACUCUUGCUCCAGAUGGGCCUUCCCGAAGAGGUGGCAAACACCACUGAAGUCUAUGAUAACAGCACCCAGCUGGAUGGACUGAUUGAUGGGGUUUCUUCUGGGGUGGGGGGAGACAGUAUCGAGGCCAUCUCCUUCUCUUUGUACCUCCCAGCACUUUUUACAGUGAUUGUUUUGCGGUGCAAAUAGUCCCAGGGCUGCAUGGAGUGUGGGUCCUGCUUAAGCGUUUAGUCCCUGUCCCUACCUAGUCAUUAGGGAAAAGUUUGUAUCGCGGGCCUCCGAUACAUAACUGGCUCCAAACUCUCCCAGGUUGGGUUGGUUGGAUCUGGCUCCAGAUUCCCCUGGGAGCUGGUAGGAUCUGGUUCAAGGCUGGGUCCCAGCCUGCCGUGUGGGGUCUCAGAGCCUCCCAGACACUCACCGACCUGUGUGGAAGAUGAGCAAUGAAAGAAUAGCAGUAAGGUGAGUUUCGCUUAGAGACGUGCGGUGUCCCUUGCUGGGAGCGGAGGGAAGAGGGCUCUGCACGGAUGGUGGUGCAGCGCCGUUUAUUCCGUUGGGCCAACUCUGGUUGACGCAACCAUUGACUUUAUGAGAGCAAGAUGAGGCAGCAAAACCAGACACCCCGCCUUCAUAUCCUGACAGACACCCACACCCACGGCGGGUGCUGCUGAAGACUGGCGAACCAUUCCUGAUUUCCACCAGCGUGUGCCGGGGGGAGCUGGGCUGUCCUGGGCAGCGUCCAGGGAUGCAGCACUAGCCCUUGUGAACAGAACAGCAUCUGGGGAGGGUGCCUGCCCCAGGUGGGUCUGGGAUGGGUACGGUGUUUUGGCCAUGACUACAGAUGGGAUUUUGAUCCUUUCUCCCCCUGCUAUCCUGGCACAGGUGCAGGAGAACCAGACAGACCCAUGUUUGUCAAAACAUUCUUCUCUGAGGCAAAGCUAUUUAAAAUUAAUGGCUUACUUAUUAAUGUCAUUUCAAUGUGGUUUUAUUUUUCAAUGAAUCUAUUGUUUCAAGGAAUAUGUUGUUUUUAUUUGUAGAUUAUUUCAUGGCAUGACAGCAGGGGCAGAACAUGACAAAUGCAACCAGGCCCUACUAAAUACUUUUUGCAUUAUUUCCACCACUAAUGUGUACCACAUAGCACGUCAUAUUAUGCUGUACUAAGCAACUAUGCCAUCAUUUUCUUUUAUAUGGCAUCUUACAUGUUUUAUCUUUGAAAUCUUCAAUGAAAGCUGCUAAUAUGGCCAGAAAGAAUUAUCACGUUUUAUGUAUCAGGGCACAUUAAUAAAAUAAUCUGAUAUUUUGCUCACAAAAAUAAAUUAACUGCUCAAAACCCACAUUUGUUUUGAGAUCUUCUAAUUACUCUGCUGGGUUUUUUGUAGGCUACUCAAAUGUGUGCACAUGAAUGUCCUUUUUAUGGUCUAGAGCAAAUGGCAAGCUACUUAUUGCAGCAUAAAGAAUAGACAGUUUAACUUAGAACAUGACCGUGCUUACAUUUGUGUUAAGUAGCAAUGCUUUAAAAAAUAAGUGACUAUAUAGAAAUACAAUUCUGUGAUAUUUUAACUAUAUUAAAUUAUUAUACAUGGCUUAUCAUACUAUGAUGUACAUGUUCAUAUGAAAUGAUACAGCAUAUACAGUCCUUUAGUACUGCUAAAAUGUCAUGAAAUAGGAAUAAAAAUGGAAAUUAAUUAAAAAAAC